UUCACUAAAUCGCUCAAUGAUUGCAAGCUCUAUUCUCGUUACUGGUGGUGCCGGUUAUAUUGGUUCUCAUACUGUCAUUGAGUUACUUAACCAAGACUACUCUGUCGUUGUCAUUGACAAUCUCACCAACUCAUCUUAUGAGGCCAUUCGCCGUAUUGAGAAAAUCACCAACAAAAAGGUCAUCUUUUACGAUGUAGAUAUUCUCGAUAAAAAGGCUAUGCUCGAAGUCUUUAAGCGCCAUCCCAUCUGGGCUGUCAUUCAUUUCGCUGGCCUUAAGGCUGUUGGAGAAUCCACCAAAAUUCCUUUGGACUACUAUCACAACAACAUCACCGGAACUAUUUUACUUCUCCAGGCUAUGAAGGAAUCUAACGUCAAGAAUAUUGUAUUUUCCUCUUCUGCUACUGUCUACGGUGACCCUAAGACUAUCCCUAUUCCUGAAACCAGCCCCACUGGUGCUACAAACCCCUAUGGCCGCACCAAGCAUUUUAUUGAAAACAUUAUUCGUGAUCUCUGCACUGCUGAAGGUGACUGGAAUGCUGCUCUACUCCGUUACUUCAACCCUGCUGGUGCCCACCCCUCUGGUAUUCUCGGCGAAAACCCUCUCGGUGUUCCCAACAAUCUCAUGCCUUUCUUGUCCCAGGUCGCUAUUGGAAAGCGUGAUAAGUUGGCUAUUUUCGGAAACGAUUAUCCUACUAAGGAUGGAACAUGCAUUAGAGAUUAUAUUCACGUAGUUGAUCUUGCUAAGGGUCAUUUGGCUGCAUUAAGAAAGUUAAAGGAAGACAUUGGCUGUGUUGAGUAUAACCUUGGUACUGGAAAGGGUAGCACUGUGUUGGAGAUGGUAGCUGCAUUUAGCAAAGCUGUCGGUCGUGAUCUCCCAUAUGUUAUCCUUGGUCGCCGUGCUGGAGAUGUUACCAACCUUACAGCUAACCCUGCCAAGGCUGAGAAAGAACUUAACUGGAAGGCCGAGAUUUCUCUGGAUGACACUUGUGCUUCUUUGUGGAACUGGCAGAGCAAGAACCCCAAUGGUCUCGAAGACUGUCCUGGAAGUGCUCCCGCUGAAUGUGUGAUCAGAUACAUUUAAUCCUUCUCUCUGUAUUUUUUUAUAUGAUUAUCAUAUCAUAAUUUUUAUAUGUUGAUCUAUUCCUAGUCACUUGUUUCUCUUUCAUUUCCUCCUUUAUAUACAUAUAGAUAACAUACAUUAAAUACUAGUAUCCAACAUUUAUUUUGAUAUUUCGACCAGAUUUAUAAAAGGAUCAUUGGUGUCUACUGCUAAUUCUCCUUGUUUAAGUGGUAAAAUAAUCUUGUAUGCAUGCAACAUCAUUCGGAAGGUGUCGGUAUACUGGGUCUCAUAAUUAUAAUCACCUAUAAUCGGAUGCCCAAGAGACUGUAGAUGUACACGCAACUGGUGGCGUCUACCAGUUAUUGGUGACAAUUCCACUUUGCUAACCUUUAAACACUUGUCUUCCCCUGUCUUUUCUUCCUUGUAACGAUAGUAACCGCGCUCAAGUACUCUUACAUGAGUUUUGGCAGGUUUUCCGUCUGGAAGAAUUGACAUCCGGAAAUCAUGAUUUGGAUCAUCCCCAAUCGGUUGGUCUACAGUACAACUAUCCUGUGCAAAGUGACCUUGUACGAUUGCCAAAUACGUCUUAUGUACAUUUCUUUCCCGAAAUAGCUUGGAUGCUGCUCCGGCUGCCUUUUUGUUCAGGGCAAGCACGUAUAUCCCUGAUGUUGCAUAAUCAAGUUGAUGCACAUUGCGAAAUUUUUGAAUCUCUGGAAAUUGAUUGGCAAGCAUGGUCAGAUGGUCCACGAGUUAAAUCGUCGUCUUGUAUUCGGCAAUCGUAAGGUUUAUUAACAAUG